AUGACUUUUACAGAUGAUGAAAAAACUAUUGGUCUAAUAGAGACUCAAGAAGAAUUACCAAAAAUUUCAAAUUUAGAUAAAUGGAAAACUAGAUUAUUACACAUUACUAUUGGAUUAUCAUUCACAUUAUUCAUUUAUUUAUCAUUAGAUUUAUUUCAAACAAGAUCUAUGUUUAUUCAUUCAUGUGGUGAUGAUCAUGAUUUAAAUUCAAUUACAACUAAUAUUCGUGAAUCUAUGGAUAUUAAAGAUGUUUAUUCAUUUAAAAAUCAAGAUUAUAAGCAUCAUGAAGAAUUAAUUUCAAGAGAUGAUGAAUCGAAAGAACAAGUAUUUGAUCCUGAACAUGUUGAAUAUAAAGAUGAAGAUGAUUAUCCUCAUUUAGGUCAUUCUGUUAAUUUAAAUUUGAUAUAG